GCGCGUCAGCAGCGAGCAGAGCCGGACUGACUUACCGCCCAAGGACCUGAAGGACUCUGAUUCUAACUUGAGGUUUCAUUCAGCCAAAGGAGUUCUAGUGGGAUUUGGUUUCUCUAAUCCGCAGCGCGUUUCUUUAAAGUUUAAAUGUUGUCGAAAUCCAUGUGAUGCAUCGGCUUGCAAGGUCACAUCGACUUGUUCGCUGCCGUCUCCUGUCCUCCUCCUCCUCCGAAGAUACACGUUGUCAAGGCUCUUCCUCCCCAGGCAGCUCCAGUGACCUGUAGGACACAUUGGCUCAGCAGUGACCCCUGAAGACAAGAAGCCAAAUCUGAAACCGAAAGCAACCGCCAUCAUGGGGACAAUACCCAACCCACAGAGGACAGUGACGGUUCAGAUGGUGACGUCUCUAACCAUGGGGGACCGCUUGGGAAGUAAAGAAAAUUCCGGCAGCUGGCAGAUCCAGUCGAGCUUAAAAGCCGGCAAGACGUGCAAAUCGUCAGCUAACCACAGGCCGGAGGACAGCUGUGUGACUGAGCCAGACGGCCCUUCCACUUGUGAGACCCCAGACUGUGGCCAGCCUGGUGGCGCCGAUUUCGGCGGCUUAGCUAACGCGGAGCACAUGGACUCUGAAAGUGGACUCCGUGCGGAGCCGAGCUCGUCGCAGUGCAAUAACAGUCCUGCCUCAGAGAACAUUGUCAGGGCUGGUCAUCCAAGUUUGGACGAAGUCUCGGAGCCAUGGAAGGACCCCCCUCCAUGUGAGUCGACCGCCGGUUUUCAGCCCUCCCUGGAGGACGAGAAAGAGUUCAACUUGAACAAUGGAUCAUCAAAAACACUCCAUAAAGUGGGGUGUCCAGGACUCCCCAAAAGUACGGCCAGUGAAGACGAUGCCCCCGUCAGAAUUAAGGAAGAAAAGCCACUGAACACGACAAAUGUAUCGAGUGCUCAGUCAGCCACACCGGAUGGUCCGGAUCUCAGAAAUUGUUUGCAAAAUUCCAAACAAGUAGACUCAAAAGCACAAUGUCACAUGGAGGCGGGCAGGGUCCUUCAAGAAAAGACAACACUAUUGGAAAGCAAACACGAGGAAACAACGGCGGCACAGAAUCCAGAAAGUGGCCAGUCAAACAUGGAAAGGACGUUGGGGUCGGGACUUGUUGAACCCGACAUCUCUGUGGACCUCAAACGUCAUGAACAGGAGAUCCCAAGAAAUGAUUCUGCUUGUGGAAAGCGACCGGAAAAUGUCUCCGGUGUCUCAGAACCAAAUAAAGCCGAGGGCCGUGACCAGGGCGUCCUCGGAGAUUUGCCACAAGUCCACUCAGAGAAUCAGAAGCAAUACAAGGAGGGCAGCAACGAUGACAGUGUCUUUACGAAAGCAGUCCUGUUCCGAGGAAAAUAUGCCAGGAUGCCGAAGUGCAGGCCGGUGACCAUCAUCCAAUGCAAAUCGGCCGCCACUAGUCCAUACCUGUACCCACCGGCUUUGCCACCAAACGUUUGUUGCUUAGCAAAAGAAGAUGUUGAACGUCUCACUGUUGAGUAUGAUGUGAACGGCUCACAUCCCACGAAACCCAUUUUGAAAAUCACGGAGGGUCCAGAGCAGUCAAAGGAAUCUUCCAUCACUCAAAGCCCCAGCUGUGAAACUCCAUCUUCACAAGCAAGUGUGGGUCACUUGACUCAGCAUCCAUUAGAACAUUCAAGAACAUCCAAGGAGAACACCGACAUAACUGAAAGUGCUGGUGAGAGGCCUGUCCUCUCUCCUGCUUCGGUGUCCAUCGUUUUAAAUGACCAAGACAAGAUCAUAAAUCCAGCGGAGCCCCAACCUCUAGUGCAGUCCAUGAAGUCCACCGAUGUGGCGCCUUUAAAACCCGCAUACCAGAUUCAAAUCGGAACCAGCAAGCCGUCAGAUCAGACCUCCAUUAUUGGGAUCCCAAUUGGUGAGCCACAGAAGCUUUCGUCUGAAACAAAUCCGCCUGAGGCGGCAGUUGAAACAAUGGGUACUGAUUUGAAGAGUCCGCUUAAGGAGACACCCAAGGUUGGUCAUACAUCUGACGUCACGGCAGAAAUCUCGCCCUUGCCUAACCACAUGAAGGAAGCUGUGAAGACGUGUCCCUCGAUAAAGGAUUCUCAACCGGGAUCUGAGCCCUCGCACGUCCUAAAACGAGAAGCGGCCUCAAACGCUACACAGGAAACAACGGACGCUCAGGCGAAUGUCACGCGUGCCAAGGCAGACCUCAGCAGCACUUAUGUGAAGCCACCUUUGGCCAACGAACCCUUAAAGAAGACGGAAGAAAAAUCGGAAGCCAGCAGUAAAUCGGUUCAUUUCCAAAGUGACAGUGUCUCGGCAUGUAACUCCUCUGGCCUCAAAGGAAAAGCGGGAAUGGGCAAACAAACCACCGGUGAGAAAGCAAGUGGCCCGAAUACAAAGAGUACAACGGGCAAAGAGGACAACCCAGCAAAGCGGGUCCGCGAUGUGGUUUGGGACGAGCAGGGCAUGACGUGGGAGGUGUACGGCGCAUCCCUCGACCCCGAAUCUCUAGGCUUUGCCAUCCAGAGUCACCUGCAGAGCAAAAUCAAGGAGCACGAGAGGCAAAUUAUAUCGCAGACACGGAAGUCCGUUUCGUCAGCCACUUCCCCCAGCAAGCGACACAAACGGCGACAACAGAAUAUUUUCCGGUCCGUUUUUCAGAACGUACGGCGGCCCAACUGCUGCGUCCGGCCGCCACCUUCCUCGGUGCUAGACUGAACGACCGGAAAUUCCCAGUUCUCCACUGAGAACCCACCUAAUGUUUUCCAGGUUUCUUCCGUGUUGACUACACAGGUCGUCUUUUCUCGAUUUGGUCCAGAAACUGCAAUAUUGACUGAUAGCUGGCAGACGUGUUUCUGUCUUUGAUAACGAUCAUGUUUGAAAUUUAUUGUAUUUUUUUUUUUUUUUUUUGUCUCACCGGGGUGUAGCGACCCAAGAAAACAGUGCCAAAAAAAAUGCAAAGUUAAAAUUAAAGAAAAUUCUCACGUAGUCAUAACACUUGAGAGCGCAAUAAUAUAUACGUGUAAUAGACGCAUGAAAACGAGACGAAAUGUUACAUUUUCGUGGGAUUUGUCACCACGAGUGUUGAUUUUGGGUCUGUUUUUCGAACGCUGGUGAAGAGUUUAUUAUGGAGGAUUAUCCAUCCAUCCAUCCAUUAUCCAACCCGCUAUAUCCUAACUACAGGGUCACGGGUUAUGGAGGAUUAUUGGGGUCAAAAUUAAACGCAAUCCUUCAUGUUAAAGACACUGAAAUCCAUCCAUCCAUCCAUUUUCCAACCCGCUGAAUCCGAACACAGAGUCACGGGGGUCUGCUGGAGCCAAUCCCAGCCAACACAGGGCACAAGGCAGGAACCAAUCCUGGGCAGGGUGCCAACCAGACACUGAAAUGCAAUGCAUAUUUGAGUUGUUUAUUUUCUUUUGCAGAGCAGAAUCAAGGAGCACGAGAGGCAAAUUAUAUCGCAGACGCGGGAGUCCGUUUCGUCAGCAUGACUACGAUUUAGUCACGUAAUAAUUACAAAGAAAGCAAUCGAAUGAUUCAUUGCUUUUCAAUACGCCGCAGACCGUGAAUUAAACCAAUGUCACAUUACGCGACUUCGAGUCGGGGAGAAUAUCAGGGUUUUGCCAUUUACAAUUACAUGUCUCACCGGCAGACCGUGGCAACUCAACGAAUGAAAAUCUCUGGGCAGCACAUCAACGUAUCUGUGUGAUCAUUUUCCCAGCACAGUCAUGCUCCUCCCUUUUCCUGACAGCCAAUAGCAUGCUGCCUGGUGGGAGCAAGUGCUAUACGAACAGUUAACAGCUACGGUGAGUUCAGCCACAAUACGCGGCCAUUUUGUUCUUUUUUUUUCCAUUCUGUCAUGGUACAUAAAACAUGAGACACGAGAGACACGAGCUUCUCUUCUCUUUGUGAGGUCCAAUUAUUCCUCUUCGCAUUCGUGAGCAUUCAUUGGUUGUCAGCUGCCACGCACACAGAGCACAUCCCUAUGACUAAAGACAAAUGUUUAGUCAGGGUGAAUGGCGGAUUAUUUGGAGUGAGCCGCUGGUUAUGCCACUCUAGGCCACUGGCCUCCAAUUCAAUAAGAUUACGUAAGUGAAGUCUACGAGCGAAAAUCAAUGGAAAAGCCUUCUAAUGUGAUUAAGACCUUAAACUGCGCCAGAACAAAAUGAAAUCAAAAGACCAAUCAGCAUCAAGAGGAGGGACAAGGGGCAUCAACAGUAGGGUGAGAGGCGUGUGUUUAGGACACAAAGCCUAAAAUACGUAAAUAUGAUCUGCUACCCCGCACUGCAUUAGUACCAAAACAAGCAGAUAAGGUGGGACGUCUGACUACACCAGUAGACGGGGCUGGCAGUGGAGCUUUUACUGCUCUUAAUACCCGACUCCUGCUCAAGACCAUCCAUGGCUUGUUAUGAUUUGCUCAUUUAAAAA